AUGAACAAUGAUAUCGGUAAUUACGUUAAAUCGUGCAUUAGUUGUAAGCAAAACAAUCCUGUUUGUCGUAAACCUGCGGGUCAUUUGAAACCGAUUGAACCACCCUCCGGAGUUUGGCAACUACUGUCAAUGGAUUUUCGUGGCCCUAUUAUUCCUACUAGCCGACGUGGUAAUAAGUACAUAAUUUCAAUCACUGAUAUUCUAUCAAAAUUUGUUAUUGCCAAAGCAGUUCGUGACUGCACUGCUGAUACUGCAGCCCGCUGUGUUCAAGAAGAAGUUAUUUGUAAAUAUGGAACUCCAAAGUGUCUCCUCACCGAUAAUGGCACGCAUUUUAUAUCUACUAUGAUGGAACAACUACUUCAACGACGACGCAUUACUCAUUUGUACUCGACCCCAUAUCAUCCUCAAACAAAUGGACAAAUAGAAAGAUUUAAUGGAGCUACGGAUGCAAAGAUUGUUGCAUUAUCGAAUCAACAUCGUUCGGACUGGAAUGAUCAACUUCCAUUUGCCAUUUUCAAUUACAAUACAACAUCUCACUCCACUACAAAAAAUAAUCCCAUUCGAACUCAUGUAUGGGCGUUCACCUAUACUACCAUUUGCUCUUCAACACCCUGUCGUCUCUUUACAACAUCCUUCACAAUAUAA